GCCCACGCCGUUCGUCCAAUCACACCCCCGGAAAGGAGCGAGGCCCGCGGCGCCGCGUCCAAUCCCCACCCGGGAAAGAAAAGGACGGCGAUGGUUUGACCAAUCGUGAUCCAGGAGAGGGCUGUGGAGAAAGGGGCCCGGCCAUCAUGGCGUCGGCGGUGGGGCAAAGGUGACCGCCGCGGCCGACCGUUCCCGCUGACCCGUGGCGACAUGUUGGUUCAUUUGUUGCGGGCCGGGCCGCUGCGGGCCUUCCGGACCCCGACCUUCGCCGCCGCCGCCGCCGCCAGGUCCGGGAACGGCCAGGCCGGUUCCGGCUCGUGUCUCCUCGGGGCCCUGGGCCGGAUCCGUCCCAUCCUGUCCCGGGCCCCUCCCGCCCCCCAAGCCGCCCCCGCAGCCUCCCGCGCAGCCCUGCCUUGGGGGUGGGUCGGGGCGCUGCUCCUGGGCCCGGCGGUGCUGAGCGGGGGUCCCCGACUCCGCCUCGUGGCUCUGUGCGAGGCCAAACGGCCGGUGCCCCCCGGACCCCGCUCCGCCCCUGCCGCUCCCGCCAAGGACCCCCGGUUCGACUGGGCCCUGUUCUGGCACUUUGUGCGACCCCACCUGCUGGCCCUGGUGGCGGCCAUUGUGCUGGCGUUGGGAGCGGCGCUGCUCAACGUGAAGAUCCCCCUGCUCCUGGGCCGGCUGGUGGAGGUGGUGGCCCGGCACGUGGGCGAUUCCCCCGGGAGCUUCCUGGCCGAGGGCCGAGGGCCCGGGCUGCAGCUGCUCGUUCUCUACGGGCUCCAGGGUCUGCUGACCUGCAGCUACCUGGUGCUGCUGUCGCGGCUGGGGGAGCGCGUGGCCUUGGACGUGCGGAAGGAGCUGUUCGCCUCGCUGCUCCGGCAGGAUAUCGCCUUCUUCGACGCCAACCGGACCGGGCAGCUGGUGGCGCGGCUGACGGCCGACGUCCAGGAGUUCAAGUCGUCUUUUAAACUGGUCGUCUCCCAGGGCCUGCGCAGCUGCACCCAAACGGUGGGCUGCUUGUUGUCCCUGUCGCUGCUGUCCCCGCGUCUGACGCUGCUCCUGCUGCUGGUCACCCCGGCCCUGGUCGGGGGCGGCACCCUGCUGGGCUCCGUCCUCCGGAGGCUGUCCCGCCGGACCCAGGAGCAGGUCGCCAAAGCCACGGGUGUGGCUGACGAGGCUCUGGGGAACGUGAGGACCGUCAGGGCUUUCGCCAUGGAGCCCUGGGAGGAAAAGCGCUACGGGGCGGAACUGGAGGAGUCGGGGCGGCUGGCGGAGCGGCUGGGAUUCGGCAUCGCUGUGUUCCAGGGGCUGUCCAACGUCGCCCUCAACUGCAUGGUGCUGGGCACGCUGUUCGUCGGCGGCUCCCUGGUGGCCGGGAAGGAACUGUCCGGCGGCGACCUCAUGUCCUUCCUGGUGGCCUCCCAGACCGUGCAAAGGUCCAUGGCCAAUCUCUCCAUCCUGUUUGGACAGGUGGUGCGGGGGCUCAGUGCCGGGGCCCGGGUGUUUGAGUUCAUGGGCCUGACCCCGUCCAUCCCCCUGCACGGCGGCCACCGCAUCCCCCCGGAGGACCUCCGGGGCCGAGUCACCUUCCGGGACGUCUCCUUCAGCUACCCUUGCCGGCCGGGCUACGAAGUGCUCCGAGACUUCAACCUGACCCUGCCGCCCGGACAGAUGGUGGCCCUCGUGGGACAGUCCGGCGGAGGGAAGACGACAGUGGCCGCCCUGCUCGAACGCUUCUACGACCCCACCUCGGGCGCCGUCCUGCUGGACGGGAGGGACCUGCGCAGCCUCGACCCCUCCUGGCUCCGGGGUCAAGUCAUCGGCUUCAUCAGCCAGGAGCCGAUCCUGUUCGGCUCCACCAUCAUGGAGAACAUCCGCUUCGGAAAGCCGGAGGCCACUGACGCCGAAGUGGUGGAGGCCGCCCGCGAGGCCAACGCCGACGAGUUCAUCUGCAGCUUCCCCCAGGGCUACCACACGGUCGUGGGCGAGCGUGGCGUGACGCUGUCCGGGGGUCAGAAGCAGCGUCUGGCCAUCGCCCGCGCCCUCAUCAAGCAGCCGGCCGUGCUGAUCCUGGACGAGGCCACCAGCGCCCUGGACGGGGAGUCGGAACGGGUCGUGCAGGAGGCCCUGGACCGGGCCAGCGCCGGCCGCACCGUCCUGGUCAUCGCCCACCGGCUCAGCACCGUCCAGGCCGCCCACCGCAUCGUCGUGUUGGCCCGAGGCCGCAUCCAGGAGGCCGGGACCCACGCGGAGCUGCUGCUCAAGGGCGGCCUGUACGCGGAGCUCACCAGGAGGCAGGCCCUGGACACCCCCGCGGACCCCCGCGGACGUCGCCAGGCCCCAGGGACCACCUGAGAGCCGACACCUCGCCGCCGCCCACCUUGAUGGGCCUGUGCCCCGCCCCGGGGACCGGCCCUCCCCAGCUCCUUCCCCGGGACCACCGCGGAGUCUGAGCGACGCGGACACAGAGCCCCCUCGACUGGCGUUGUCCCCGAGUGUCUGGGGGGCGCCGGCGGAGGAUCCGGGGGCUGCCGCUGUUGUCCCAAUAAAUCCGGGCUCGAGGUGGGGUGGGGGCAGAGGGCUGGACCUGCCAUCCCAUCUGCCCCAGCCCCUCCCCUGGCACUAGUUCCUCCU